AUGAGUAUCAGAUUAGAACCAGUACCCGGCGCCGCUUCGCGCUACAUGUCCGAUAACCAGUUGGCUUUGGUCGCCGCGGCUGAUGAAUUGGCCCGCGAAGGCUUUGCAGGGCGCGCCGCACAUUACGAUGCCGCGGCAGAGUUCCCCAUCGAGAACUUUGUUGACCUGAGAGAAGCCGGCUUGCUGACGCUGCGAGUGCCCGCCGCGUACGGAGGAAGGGGUGUUGAUCCGCUGACGUUCGCGAUGUGCAUCCUGUCGGUGGCGCGCGGUUGCCCGUCGACCGCGUUGACCCUGACCAUGCACACCAACGUGCUGGGUCAUUCGUAG